CAGAAAUCCAGAAAAAGGAAUUUUUUAUACUGGACCUACUAAUUUUUUUUUCUUCUUUUUGUUUCUUCUUCUUUCCUUCUUCAUUAAAGGCUCAUACCCCUCCUCUGGUCCUCGUCCUCGUCGUCGUCGUCGUCCUUGUUCACAACAAACGCAAACAAGAGAGCACGCUUUCGAAUUCACACAGCAGCAGCAGCAGCAGCAGCAGCAACAGCAGUAAACAGUUACCAACAAGUACUACCACUACAACAGUCGAUCUAACCCCUUCCCUCCUUCCAAGUGAAAUGCGUUCAGAGGACGACAUUGCGUCGAUCACUUCUUCAAUGUCGGCAACGCCCACUGAGACCAGCCCACUUGUACCCAAGUCGAGGAAUCGUAAUGACGGGAGCUGGUCUUCUGAGUUCCGUUGGCUGCUCUUCAACUGCUUACCAGUGAUUGGUACCUAUUUGCUACAAAAUUCACUACAGCUUGCCAGCAUAUUCACCUUGGGUCACCUGGGCUCGACUGAACUUGCAGCCAGCGCAUUGGCUAGCAUGUUUGCAAAUGUGUCGGCAUGGAGUGUGGCAUUUGGUACGGCCACAGCGUUGGAUACGUUGUGCUCACAGGCAUGGACGGGUGCUCGCGACAAAACGCUGGUCGGUGUCCACUUGCAGCGAGCACUGGCAAUUCUGAGUGUGUUGUUCAUUCCCAUUGCCAUUGUUUGGUGGAACGCUACACGAAUUCUGUUGGCGCUCAAUCAGGAACCGGAGUUGGCUCUUCAUGCUGGUAUCUUUUUGCGGUACCUCUUGUUGGGUGCACCUGCAUUCAUUGCAUUCGAAGGCAUCAAAAAGUACUUGCAAGCACAGGGCAUCAUGAAAGCCUCGACGUAUGCAUUGAUGAUUGCCUCACCGCUCAACUUUGGCUUGAACUAUCUGCUUGUGCAUGGCAAGCCUUACAACCUGGGCUUCAUUGGUGCACCCCUGGCUACGAGUAUCAGUUACUGGCUCAUGCUCGCCCUGUUGUUGCUCUACAUCCGCUUUUACAAGGGCAGUGAGGCUUGGGGCGGCUGGUCGCGUGAAGCCUUUACUGAAUGGUGGCCCUUUUUGAAGCUGGCCGUGCCUGGUAUCCUCAUGGUGUGCAGUGAAUGGUGGGCAUUCGAAUUAGCAGCAUUGGCAGCUUCGUACCUCGGCACAGUCGAUUUAGCUGCUCAAUCGGUCUGUCUGACUGUCGCAUCAGCCACGUAUACCAUCCCUUACGGCAUCAGUGUCGCAGCUUCGAAUCGUGUUGGCAAUGCGCUUGGAGAAACUUUCGCAAUGAAAGCAAAGCGUGCUUCCAUGGUAGCUUUCAUAUUCGCCAUCGUAUUCGGAUCAAUGAACUCGAUCCUGUUUAUCGUGACUCGACCGUUCCUUGGCUACUUGUUCACAUCGGAUGAAGACGUUGUUUUACGAGUCGCCCAUAUCCUGCCUCUGUGCGCCGUUUUCCAGAUCGCAGAUGGCUUGUGUGGUGUUGUUGGUGGUGUGAUGAGAGGUUGCGGUCGACAGAACGUGGCAGCAUGGAUCAAUUUGUUUGCUUACUAUGUGGUUGCUCUGCCAAUGGGCUAUGCAUUGACGUUUGUCGCGGAUUGGAGCUUGACAGGCAUCUGGAUCAGCUUGUCUGUCGCUUUGUUCUUGGGUGCAGCGGGCGAGUGUCUGUUCUUGUUCACGGUCAAUUGGGACGCAGAGGUGGCACGUGUGCACAGUCGCGUCAAAACAGAAGAAACCCACAUCCAUGAGGACAACGAGCAAGAACCUCUUUUACAUGCAGCAUAGAUUUCUUACACACGUUCACACACAAAAGUUUUUUUUUCUUUUCUCCUUAAAUUCGUAUUAUUGUCAUCUUUUUCAUAUACUAACUAUCGCCUUCCCCCCACAUUUGUUUCUCAUUAACUGCAUGAAAUUUACAAUACACACUACUGCAUCUCUUCCUCUUCUUUCACGCUCCCCACCUCCAUCCUUUCUAACAAUCACCGUUUCGAGUUGUAUCAUACCAUAAUUAUUAAUAAUAAAGAAAAAGCGCUCUUUU